CGCUUAGAUCUGAGAGUGUAACGAGAUAAAAUGUUUGCUUGUAAUGAUCCGACUUCUUCUGCCAAUGGAACAAAUUGUCUGUUUUACAAAAGAUACAAUUUUAUGAAAGAAGAAAGUCGAAUGUCUGAUAGAUACACGGACGUGCAUAUUGUAACUCGAGUAAGAUCAGAAAGAUGAUAAAUCAAAAAAAAAAAAAAAAAAGGGUAAACUGGUUUAAUGUUUACAGCUUUAAAAGGAAGUUUGUAUUCGAAUUAAGUAUUUAUAGGCUUCCAUCGAAUAACAUACCUGAACACAUAGCUUUAGCUGGUAUUUCUAUCUCGUGGCGGUAUUUAAACGCUACCGCUAUUCUGUAACCGUAAUUUUUGUCAUACGAUCAUUGAAUACAAACGUGAUCCAGAUGAAAGUAGAGGAUAAUUGCAAUUAAUUACUAUUUCAACGGUUUUAAAUGAGCGCAGUCUGUUGAAAUUACAGUUGCUAAUUCUCUUCAAGAAAUUAAGAAAAUAAGAAUGAAAAAAUUGGAGUAAUUUACACUUCGGGCUACAGUAUUUAUACGAUCUCAUUUACAUUUACGUCUAAUUAUUAUUAGCGCAUCAUACAUAUAUGGAUCAACAUAUAGCAGUCAGUGAAUCGCGUACAGAUAGGUUUUCAGUAUGUGUAAUAUUUGUGAAGUUAAAGAAAAAAAAUGAAAGCAAUGUAUAUCGUAUAUACUCGUAAUCCAGAUCCAGAUGAAAAAGUUUUUAAUGAUAUCUUUUAAUUUAUUUAGUAGAAUAAUUUAUCUGAAGUUAUAAUCUUUUCACAAAAGUCAGAUUUACGUGUUGAAUAUUGUAAGAUACAUAUUUGUAAGUUUUGUGAAAUAAUGAAACUUUCGUUUUUACGACUUAUAUGUUUCAUUUAAUAUCGAUUAUAAACGAAUGUCUUUGAGGAGGUUCUCUUAAAAUCGGCCUAUAGUGCGAGUAUAUACGGUAAAUAAUUAUCGCCGUAAUGAUUAGUGUACAAGAUGCUCCCGUAUGCACAAUGAUAUUAACCUGUCUCAAUUUCAUUCGACUACAUACUGUGAUGUAUUUAAUUGAAAUUAAUGUGAAUUGGUGCUAACAUUUACCACUCAGGUAUCUUCGCGAGAACUGGUGCUCUCAGACAAGUUUCAAGUACCUAAAUCACUUACUCGUUUAGAAGAAGUGAUAAAAGAAGAAGCAGAAGAAAUAACAAAAAAGAAACAAGAAAGAGAAACAUAGCAUUAAAAAACACGAAGUAGCGAACAUAUCGCAUUGGAAGCAUCUUGAAAGUUCUUUAGUGAUAAAAAAAGAAUAAAAGUUGUGACAGUUUCGAAGGGCAGACUUGGUCCUCUGAGAUGCAAUGUAAUCAUUUUUUAGUAUUAGGUAUGCGUUAAUUUAUUCUGUAUAUAAAAAAGUAUGUAUUAGUUAACGGCAGAAGCGUAUGUUUUAAUUGUGAAAAAAGAAAUGAAAUGGUGAGUGAGACAGGCUGCAGUUUUUGGUUUUUAUAAGUUGUUUAACGCGUUUAUCGGCGCUUUCUUCGCGAAAGCUUGCUUAUUAUACGGAAAAGGAAACAUUGCCAUAAGGAGCAACACGGUAUAUAUAUACAUAUAACGUAUGUGUGUCUCAGCCAUAAAAAGUUACAGUUUGCUCUUAUAGAUUUUUAAACAUAUCCACCAUGAUCAUCGUAUUAAUGAUAAACUGAGCAAUUGUUGUAUUAUAUAUUUCUUUCCUUUUUCUUUCUCUCCAAGAAAAUGAAAUAUAUUUGUGUUUCCCCGUCUAUUAGCUAGAGCAACAAGAAAUAGUGAAAUAACAUAGCCGCGCGAUAUUGAUCAUUUACGAGUAAAGUACGAGCUCAUAUUGUGUUAUGUAUUGUACACCGUUUUAAAUAUAAAGAUAGACGAUAAGGAAAUACUUAAGGAAAAACUGGCUUUAGAGAAGUAAGCAGCGUUACGAGGCACAGUUUCGAGUACCAUUGUCAUCAUCUUUGCACAUACCUUUCUAGAGGACUUUUCGUUAACAAGUAUUCGCGAUAAAUUCUAACCGAAAUUAUUGGCAUAUCGUUUACUCUAUAUUAAAUUAUAUCCAUGCAAAGCAUUUUGGUUCCGUUCGAUUUUUGUAUCCGUUUGCGAAAUGACUUUUCGAAGUCAGGUGAAACAUCACGAUUAACCUUGAAGCUUGAUAAGAAGAAACUCGCGUGUCGAUUAUUCGAUGAUCGCAUAAUCUUCUGCAUCGUUACUAAGACUUCUUCAGGCAGCCAUUAUUGCACCUCUCCUCUUUAUCCGUAUCCCCUUUCCUCUGCUUAACGUAUGAUUGAUAUAUGGUCGAUGUUAUAGCGUUGAUGUCGUCUUAGUUAAGAGUCCGGUAGUCGUAUUGCGUUUCCCAAGAACUUCGAGGCAGCUUGGGCGUUUUUUCGAAUCCGACGAAUUCGCUGCUCUAUGAGGCUAAUGAGAUUAAGAGAAAUUAAGAAUAAGAAAAUUAAAAUGAAUAAAAAUACAAAUGUGUCGUGAUCGGAGACAAGGAAUUCAUUUCGGAGGAAGGAAAUCAGUUUUUAAAAACGGAAAUGUAUAUUCGGCACGGAUUCUAGAAUUCAAAACAAAUUCGAGGAAACGAAGGAAUAAGAAACAAUCGUCCCUAAAAUUUUGAUGAGCGAUAUUCCUAAAAUGGUAAAAUACGCAUCAGAUGUCGGUGGAUCGAGGAUUCACGAUUAUGAUACAGCACUGCAGCUACAUUUGGAAACUAAAGAGAACAUGGAGGGGAUAGGUGAUUACGUAUGUCUCGUGUGUGGAUCACAUCUCAGUUCCAGCUCUCCUUGAGGGACUUCAGUAUGAAUCGGGACGGUUGAGUAGUAUCCACGAUGAUGAGGUUCGUCAUACUCUUGUUCUUCUGCGGCGCGAUCGCUGGUAGUAACGACACCUUGAGCAACGUAAUCCCCAGCGACGAGCUACUGGAUUUAGAAGAGAAGAACGAGGAGAAUAGCCUGGCAAAUAAUAGAACUCUGAAUGAAAUAUACGAGGAUGCUGUUCACGCUUAUCUGGACGAAGACUGGGACCGUUGCAUUCAAGACUUCAACACAGUUUCUCAUGGAUACAAGGCCUACAAGCGAAUGAUAACAAAUUGUAGACGAAAAUGUCGUAUAAAAGCUGAAGGUACACCACCGAUUUUUCCACAAAACAUCGAGGAUUUACACUUUUAUGAAAGAAAGAUCAAAGAGACACUGUGUCUCUUAACGUGCAAUAACGAAUAUCGGGAGAUCGUUGGCUCGAAUGUGCUGAAGAUGUUACCACGUGAAACUGAACAGAAAUUGUUGAACAAUGGUAUUUAUGAAUACCUGCAUAUUUGCUACUAUCAGACACAUCGAUAUCAAGACGCAGCCAACGCGCUAUUUACCUAUCUAGUCCUACAUUCUAAUCACGAGGUGAAUCUGAAUCUUUUCAAACGCUAUUUAACACUGCCAGGCGUGGAAGAGGAGAAGGUGGUAAAUCUAGAAACACCGACUUAUGUCAGCGUUUACUUCAAAGGCGUCUCAGCUUAUGAAAACGGAGAUUAUGCAGAAGCCGCCGGUCUGUUCGAGACAUCGUUACGAUCGUACUUAGAAGCCGAGGAGGAAUGUAGAUUUUACUGCGAAGGUCCUUUUGACCAGGGUUGGCAUCCAGAAUUUACUUCCUCCAUCGCAAAUCAUUUUACGUACUGUUUGAAAUGCAAACGAUCGUGUUCGCGUAUGUUAAACAAUAUAAAUGGCGAUUACCGCAGACACAUGCUCAGAAGUCAUUACGAUUAUUUGCAGUUCUCUUAUUACAAAUUGGGAAACUUAAAAGCAGCCUGUGCCGCUGUGGGAAGUUUCUUGCUCUUUGAUCCGGUGGAUAAAACGAUGCUGCAAAACAAAGAAUACUAUAAUGCUCAGCCAAAAGUCAAGGUUGACUAUUUUACUCCGAGAGAGGACGCUAUCAAUUACGUAAAAAGACAGGAAUACGAAUUGAAUCUGCUGCAUUACAUAUCUAAUGAAUUUUCAGUUAUAAAUGAGAAAUUCCAGAAAAUAAAAAAAGAGAAACGGGAAAAUGAAACGAAUAAUGCUGAAAAAAAAGAGCUGGGAAAGAUAUCAGAUACAGAAGCAAUACUACACCCACCACCUGGUUAUUCGUUGUUUUAUUACACGAAAUUAUCAAACAAUUUUUCAAUGAAGCGAUUCGAAGACCACAAAAUACACGAUAAAAGAUAUUUUGAGGCCAAAAACGAUAUUUAUUUAAAAGAGGAGGAUCUUGGUGGGCAAAAUCGUUAUGUCGCUGAUGGUUUCCUUAAUUCCACUGAGUGUGAAUCUAUGAUGCAGUUUGCUACUAUGACUGCGGUAGAAGGAGAUGGUUACAGUGAAAAUAAAAGUCCACAUUCAAAAUAUGAAAAGUUUGAGGGAAUAACUGUUGGGCGAGCGGCUUUGAUGGUAUACUUUGGGCAAAUAAAACCAGAAUGGCUGGAAUUGCUUUUAGAGAAGACCGAACAAGUUCGGGACCAUGUGGAAAGGUAUUUCGGACUAAAUCAUCGACAUCUGUAUUUCACCUACACUCAUUUGGUCUGCCGCACAGCUCUACCCGGUAAUUUUCACCUGAUGCAUCAUCGUGCUUCUGGUUCCUUUCGCAGCUGAAAUCGCGUUGCACCGAUUCACUUGAUUCGCCGGUGGAUCGAGACGAUUUGAGUCAUCAAGUUCACGCGGAUAAUUGUCUAUUGAAGGAUAGAGAUGUUUGUCUUCGCGAGAGUCCAGCUUAUAUUUGGAGAGACUACUCUGCGAUUUUGUAUCUGAAUGACGAUUU